AUAUCAGUCAUCUUUAUUAUCUUUGCUGGAGAAAUUAUUCCAUAAGCAUUAUGUACUGGACCAAAAUAAUUAAUUAUUGCUGAAAAAUUAACACCAAUAGUUAAAGUAUUAAUGAUUCUAUUCUGGCCAAUCAGUUAUCCUUUGGCUAAAAUGUUGGAUUCCUAUUUUGGUGAGCAUGGAUCUACUAGAUUCCAAAAGAAUGAAUUAAAAGCAUUAAUAGAGUUGCAUGGAAUACAAAAACAUGCUACAGGAGGUGGUCAUGCAAGUGAUGAUUAAGGAUUCACUUAAGCAGAAAUAAAUAUGAUUACUUCCACUAUUGAUUUGAGAGAUAAAACUGUUGAAUAAGUCAUGAUACCUAUUAAAGAUGUUUUCUCUGUUAACAAAAAUAAUGAACUUAAUAAAGAAACUUUAGCAAGAAUAGCAUCAUCUGGAUAUUCUUAUGUUACCAUUUAUGAAAAUUAAAAGGAAAAUAUUAUUGGAACUAUUAGAUCAAAAUAGUUAAUUGAUAUGGAAUUAACUAAAAGAAAGAUAUCAGAAUUAGAUAACCUUGUUAGACCUGUUCUAUUUAUCUAAAAUGACACUUCUUUAUUUGAAAUGUUAAUGAUAUUUAAAUAAAAAAAAACUAAAAUUGCAUUUGUAGUCGAGGCUAAUAAAAUCGAAUAAACUAAUACUUCAAGAAUUCCUAAUUAUUAAAUUGUUGAUGAAAAAAUAUCAAAAAAAAUUAUAGGAUUGAUCUCCUUGAAAAUGCUAUUUGAAGAAAUUGUAAAGAAAGAGUUUCAUGAUUAAGAUAAUCAUAUCAAGUUUAAUUCAGUAUUAUCAUUUUUAUUACAUUUUAGUUAAAACCCCAUUAAAUAUAACCAAUUGGUAAAUCAUAAAACAAAAUACUUAUUGAGCCAGAGGAAAAAAAUUGA